AUGACUUAUACCGAUGAUUUAGCUGCUUUACAAAUUAGUAUUACUGGUGUUACGGACAAGUUGGAUGUUCUUAUCGAAACUAUCACCAACUUCUAUGUUCUUGAUGAGAAUACGCAGAAUCAGAAGGCAGCCGAAAGACUUUCGCGUAAAGAACAAGAAAGAAUUGAUCUUGCUGAUAAGCUCACUACAUCCUUGCGUACUCUAUUUACAGAAUUUUUCCCUCCCAAUCAUCCAAAUAAUGGCGCUGCACCUCCUCCACCACCUCCGGAAGAUUAUUUGAUAAGUUGUUUUAUUCGAUCCCUUAAACCCCAUAUUCGGUCUGUGGUUAAACUGCUUGCACCACAAACCUUGGAUGAGGCCUAUACUAAGGCAAUACAUCAUGAAGAAGCUUAUGCUGCUACCAAGUUUGUUCCCAGACCGCCAUAUCGUCCACCUCCAUUCAUAGGUCCAAGUACACCUCAACUGGCUCAACGACAACAGCCAACUUUUCCUCAGGUUAACUAUGAGGAACCUACAACAGAACUUGCCAUACACGCUGUGGAUUCUUUUUCUGCGUCUGAAGUUAAUAAUCCAGCGGAGGAUGAUUCUAAGGUUGAGGAUGUUCCUUUUAUUUAUCUGAAUUCACUCAUGGGUUCUCCCUUUCCUAAUAUAAUGCGUAUUACAGGUUUUUCUAAAGCUAAUCCAAUUACAGUUCUAGUAGACUCUGGUUCUACUCACAAUUUUAUUAACGCAUCGUUUAUCAAACAAUGUGGUUAUCACAUUCAAUCCAAAGAUACUUCUCUUCGUGUUACAAAUAACAUAUUUUCAAUUGAUUUCCAUGUCUUGGAUGUUAGUGGAUGCGACGCGGUUUUAGGGGUUCAAUGGUUACGCAAGUUAGGACCUAUUCAAUGGGAUUUUGAAAAAUUAUUAAUGAAGUUUAAAUAUGACGGCGCAGACAUUCAACUAGUUGGUAAUAACUCUUCUGCAAUGAUGGUCUUGGAUACUGCUCCCAUGCAGAAAUUGCUACGUAAAGAGGUUUAUGGGUUCUUUCUACAAUUAAUUGCAGUACAUAAUUCUACAUUAAUUACUCCUUCAAUUGAAAACCCUGCAAUUAAGAGGUUGGUAUCUACCUUUAAAGAUGUGUUUGCAACACCAACUUCUCUUCCUCCGACAAGACUACAUGAUCAUCGCAUUCCAUUACUACCAGAUUCUGCUCCUGUUAAUGUUCGUCCAUAUAGAUAUUCACAUUUUCAAAAGGAUGAGAUUGAGAAGAUUGUUUUGGAACUCAAGCAAGUUGGUUUCAUACGUCCAAGUUCUAGUCCAUUCUCUUCACCCGUAUCAAUGGUUCGUAAAAAAGAUGGGUCAUGGAGAAUGUGUGUGGAUUACAGGGCUUUAAACAAGUUGACAAUUAAAGAUCUUUAUCCUAUCCCUAUGGUAGACGAAUUGUUAGAUGAACUUCACGGUGUUGUUAUCUUCACUAAGCUUGAUUUACGUUCUGGCUACUAUCAAAUACUUUUAUAUGGACCUGAUAUUCCUAAAACGGCAUUUCGAACUCAUGAUGGUCACUAUGAGUUUCUUGUCAUGCCUUUUAGGCUCUCUAAUGCGCCAGCUACAUUCCAAAGAUUGAUGAAUCAUAUAUUCAGACCAUAUUUGAGGAAGUUUUUUCUCGUUUUUUUGGAUGAUAUAUUAAUCUAUAGCUCCAAUAUGCAAGAUCACAUUAAACACUUAUCUUUGGUGUCUGAAAUACUUCGUAAGCAUCAGCUAUUUGUUAAAGAACCAAAGUGCACUUUUGCACAACCAUCAGUGGGAUACCUUGUCCAUGUCAUCUCCUCUGAAGGAGUUGCAGUUGAGCAAGAUAAGAUUGACAGUCUGUUGAAAAAGGAUGCAUUCUUAUGGACUGAGGAAGCUACUUCUUCUUUUCGAUCAUUGCAACAUGCAUUAACAACUACACCUGUUUUGAUACUUCCUGACAUUACAAAAGAAUUUUAUCUAGAAUGUGAUGCAUCAGGAACUUGUUCGGGAGCUGUUUUAAUGCAAACUGGUCGAACAAUUGCUUAUUAUAGCAAAGCAUUGGCAGGGGUUACUGAAAUCAUUCAAGAGACUAAUGGUGAUCAAGAAUUAGGAGAUUUAAUUGAAGAGUUACGGCACAUUCCUUAA